GCCCUCACUUCCUGAGGGCGGGCGGGUGGAAGAUGGCGGCGGGCGGUUGGGGUGGACGGAGGUUCUUUUUCAGUGCUGUGGUUGCGUUGUUGCUGCUGCUGUUCCUCGUAGUGCUGCUGGGUCCCGCUGCCGCCACCUCCUCGUCCUUGCCUUGGGCGGGUAGCCCCGGCGAGCCGCGGAGCCGCGUGCAAGUGCUGAGCGGCUCCAACUGGAGCCUGGUGUUGCAGGGCCAGUGGAUGUUGGAGUUCUAUGCUCCUUGGUGUUCAGCUUGUCGACAGAUUGAAUUGACAUGGGAGAAUUUUGCAAGGGAAAGCGAACAUCUAGAUAUCACUAUCGGAAAGGUGGAUGUCACUCAAGAACCAGGCUUGAGUGGUCGUUUCUUUAUCACAACACUUCCUACAAUUUACCAUGCAAAUGAUGGAGUAUUUCGCAGAUACCGAGGGUCACGGACAUUGGAAGAUCUUCAAGGUUAUGUUUUAGAGAGAAAAUGGGAAGCUGUGGAGCCUGUGGCAGGAUGGAAGUCUCCAUCUUCUAUAAUGAUGCAUGGCAUGGCAGGCCUAUUUCACCUCUCCGAAUAUAUCAGGCAAAUUCAUAGCUACUUCACUGGCACUCUUGGAAUUCAUGUUUGGAUGUCAUAUGCAAUCUUCAUCUUAGUUACUUUAUUGAUUGGCCUGUUCCUUGGUUUGGUGCUGGUUUUGAUUUCAGACUGCCUUUGCCCAUCCAAGUCGAGAUACAGCACUGAAACAUCUGAAGAAGCAAUUACAAAGGAUAAUGUGGAGAAUGCUGCAUUGGAAGAACAGGAGGAGGCUGCAGAGCUUUCCGCAGAUGAUGCAGAAGGGAAUGCAGACGUAAAAGAUGUCUCAGAUGAAGAAGAUGCAGCAAAUUCAAGUGCUGAUGACUCACAGGAGGAUUUAGCACUUGGCAAAGAAUCAGGGGAAGAAGAAAUGGAAGACAUAAGCGAACAACCUUUAGCUGCUUCAGAGACUGAAAGCUCAGUAAGACAGCGUAAAAGUCAGGUGGCUGAUAAUGGACUAUAGGGUAUUUUCAGUGGUGUAUUUUGUACACUUGGACCAAAGACAUAUCAGACCCUGGGUCUGAAGCUGAAGCUUACACUUGAUUUGUCAUUUGUGUUUACGCAAAACCUUUGUGGGUUAUUUUUUGUUGUUUGGGGUUUGGUUUUUUUUUUUUUAAAGCUAAUGCUUGCUUACUUUGUUUUAUAAGCAUAUAUGCUGUGUGGUGUAUAACUUUAGCCAUGACAAUCAAAAUAAGUGUAUCUUAUCUGUUUGAAGUCUUCUAAGAGAAAAGGGACAUAAGUCUCAGUUUGCCAGCUGUAGAAUGGUCAUCUGUGCUUGUGUUCCUCUAAGUAUUGACCUAAGCAAGAUCAGGACUUUUUACAGUAGCUUGUUAGGACUGUUACUUUUCUGUCUGAAUGUUUAUUGUUUCCAAAUGCCACAGAAGCACUAGAUAAGUGAUACAGUAGUGAAAGAAGGCACCUUACUAGUCUUCUAUUAAGUGUUGUGUACAGUGGGUUUAUUUUUAUCACUUUCAACUGAAGCACCUUUCUCUUUCAUUUUUAUUAAUGUUUGCUUUGGAAGUUUAUCAUACGGUGUGCCCCUGGGUUUUCCAGUUGUUGGUAAUUCAGAGGCAUGCUGCACAGCUCAAGCUUGUCAGCCGAGUCUUUUAACCCAAGGAGUUUAAGUAAUUGAAAACCUCAGGCUCAGAAAGAGUGGCAGCUAAAUGUUUAAAAUAUGUUUGAACUUUUUAAAAGGCUUAAAGGAAAUUAUUUUGGUCAGGGGGGAUUUUGCCAAAGCAUGACUUUUUUUUUUUUUUUUCUUCUUCUUUUUUUUCGCUUCAAGAGAUUGUAGCAAGAAGUAUUCACUUUGUGUAUUUCUUGCCAGGACAAGCUUGUCACGUGCAGUGUAGUUCUGCCAUUUCCCACUCGGAAUACUUUGGGCAGAACUCAAACUGACUGCUUUAGUAAUAUUAACUGAAGAGGCACUUAAGGUUUUAACCUUUGAUUGCUUUUCUACUUUUUGUCACUGAAAUCAGGACAUUGGGAAAAGACAGGGGCACAGGUGGGUAGUGAGGAGAUGCUUUUUCUGCUUAUAUCAAGAUAGAUGUGUGUCUAUUGCAGUUAGACAGCACUAGGUGUGUUUAGAAGACUUAAGUCAUUAAAGCUAUCAGUACUUCCCUCCUUUGACUUGAUUAAUAUAUAAGGCUUUAUUUUCUUGUAAGGAAUAUCUACAGUGAAAUCCUGUAUGUUUCUAUUUUGUUGAUAUGUGACUGUGCUUAAGAUGUGUCUUAAUCUUGAUUAAUUUUUAUAUUAUAUAUUGUGUAAACCUUGAUAACGUGCAUGAAAUUUCAUCUUGCUCUGCAAGAGUAAAGAGCAAUCAGAGGUGAGAUUGUCUCUUAUUAAAAGAGGCAAGUUGCAAGUGCAAAAUGCUGGUUUCUUUUGAGACUGAAAUUAAUAAGGUCCAUUUGUGUUGAAAGUUUUGUUGUUUCUUUUUCAAUGCCCAUAAAGAACAUAUUUCCUAAGAAAGCUGAACUUUUCCUCUCUAUGUUCUGUUGCAUAUUAUGUCUCGGAAAUACAUGGUAGAAACUUUGCAUUUUUCUGCACAAAGUACAAAAUUAGACUGCAUAUAUUGAAUAUGAAUUUCCAGAAAGAAUGUUCUCAGUCUGGAGCUUGAAUUUCAUACAGUGGACACAUGUAAAUAUGCUUUCAUGUGUGUGAAAACAUACAGUUGAUAAUAUAUAUAUACACAUUGCACUGUAGUGAGAACAGUUUGUGUUAUUUGGGUGUUGUCCCAUGUAACUGAGCAAUCAUAGAAGCUUACAGACAGCAGAAUUCAGUAACAGUUGAGGGUACAUAGCAGCUUCUUUCUUUAAAAAGUAAAAAUAAAAACAAACUAACAAAAAUCCAACACCAAACUCAAGUUAAGCUUUUAGUUGCAAAAAUGAAGACUUUGCAGCUGCCGUAGUCCGAAGGGAAGAACUGUGCACCUAAAAGCUCAGAGUACAGAUUUGUUAUUUCCAUUCUGUAUUUGCUUUGUUCAUUACCUGUUCAUUAAGAGCUCUUAAAAACCCAGAAGAAAACCAGGACUUUAACCAUAUUCCAUGAGAGAAGCA